AUGAGCUUGAUAUUCAAAAGAUUAGAAUCUUCUCUUGUCGGAAAACUGUUCUCGUCUGUAUCAGAGAUACUGGCGUAUAUUAGAAGUUCAACAAGCACUUCCUGGGAUCCUGCGGUGUAUUCUUCGCCACCAAAGAAUGCCGACAAUAAAGAUGAACUAACCAUGGAGAAAUUAUACAGCUUGGUAGAAAUCAGUGGUCUCAAGCUUCCAGAAUCAGAAGCAGAGCAGGUUACUUUACUAAAAGCUUUGAAUAGUCAAAUAUAUUUCCUCGGCCACUUGCAAAUGGUGCCAAGUCUGGAGCUCAAAAUAGGGGAAGAUGCUAGAAACUUAAACAAGUUCAACGAAAGCUUGAGCUUCAAGGCAUUGAUGUCGGCAGUGCAACGUGUUAGAGGGUCAAAGGGUGCCAUCUCGAAAGGUGAGACCCUCGAUAGUUGGUGUCCUGUGGAAUUGGCCAAGCUCAAAGAAGACAAUUUCUACGUGGUGAAGGAGAAGUCAUCACAAUAG